UUCGAGCCGAUACACGACGUCAUACCACCGUCCCCAGCUGAAACCUCCCCCCGGCCGCGCACGCCUCCAUCCCGAGCGUGACGUCACCCAGCCAUCUUCGGGCGCGAUGACGUCACGCGCGCGGUGGGGCUGCGAGUGAGUGACGUCACCGGCGAGGGAGACAGCGGCCCGGGUUGUGUGCGAGGCGCGCUGCGGUGAGCGGUGGUGAGGACUCAUCAUCGUGCUGACACGGACGGACAGACGGACGGACGGAGCGGAGAUGAAGAUCUUCUGCCCGAUCUGCAAGUGGCUCGUGGUCAGCCUGCCCGCCCUGGACGACCACAUGAAGCGGCACAGGGGGUGGACGGAGCCCGCUCUGUUCCGGUGCCCCCACUGCCCGUUCAACACGGACAAGCUGAACGUGUUCAUCGGCCACCAGGCGACGCACGACGCGCGCGAGUCGCACAAGUGCGCCGAGUGCGGCAAGGUGUUCAUCGACGCCGAGGUCUUCCGCGAGCACCGGGCGGCGCACGCCCGGGAGAAGCCCUACAAGUGCACGAUGUGCGAGCUGGCGUUCAACCGCUCGGAGGAUCUUCACGAGCACCAAAAGACGCACGCCGGCAGCAAGCCCUACCACUGCACCGUCUGCGGCACGGAGUUCACGCGGUCGGAGCACCUCCGCAACCACCAGAGGAUCCACACGGGCGAGAAGCCCUACGGGUGCGCCACGUGCGGCAAGAGGUUCGCGCGGUCGGGAGCGCUCGUCAUCCACAACAGGAUCCACACGGGCGAGAAGCCGUACGUGUGCGCCGCGUGCGGCAAGGCGUUCACGGAGUCGGGGGCCCUGAGCGUGCACAGGAGGACCCACACGGGCGAGAGGCCCUACAGGUGCACGGUGUGCGCGAAGGCGUUCGCAGACCCGGGGACCCUCUCCACGCACAGCAGGAUCCACACGGGCGAGAGGCCGUACGCGUGCGCCACGUGCGGCAAGGCGUUCGCGCGGUCGGACACGCUCGUCAAUCACAAGAGGGUCCACACGGGCGAGAGGCCGUACGCGUGCGCCGUGUGCUGGAAGGCCUUCGCCGAAUCGGGUGCACUGAGCGCCCACAAGAAGAUCCACGCGAGGGAGAGGCCCUGCGACUGCGGCGAGGGCGGGGAGGCGUCGGCGCCGUCGGGCGGCCCCCCCGCCGCCGGAGGCGCGGACGCGGACGGAGGGAGCGUGACGAGGAGGAAGAAACGCCGGGCGCGCCCGGCCGGCGCGGGGGCGACGGCCGCCCUGCCGGAGCCGCUUGGGGGCGAGCGCGCGACUUUCCCCGGGGGGGGCGACGGCGAGCCCGGAGGACGCCGGGAAAAGCCGGCCAGCUUCGUCGAGACGCGCCCGGAGGUAAUGAAGGCGGAGAGUGGGGGCGGAGACGCUUCCGCGUCCUCGGCGACGGUGAAGGAGGAACGGGAAGGGGACGCCGGCGGCUUCGAGGCGUGGCCGGGGGUGAAGGUGGAGCCCGGUGGCGAGGCCGUUCCGUCCCGCCCCCCCUCCCAGCCGACCGUGAAGCGGGAGCCCGAAGACGGCCACGGGAGCCGGACGGAGCCGGGGGUCAAGCCCCUCUGUGCCGCGUGCCACAGUGCCGGGGGCACUUGCCCCGACAUUCUGCACCGAGAGACGCGAAGAAUGAACGACGGCGAAGUGACGAGGAUCCGCUGCCCGGUGUGCGACUGGGUGGUGGUCAGCCCGCCGGCGCUGGAGGACCACAUGAAGCGCCACCGGGGCCGCACCGAGCCCCUGAUGUACCAGUGCCCGCACUGCCCGUACCGGACGGACAAGCCGUUCACCCUGAUGAGCCACCAGCGAACGCACGGCGGCGAGAGGCGCUACAAGUGCCGCGUGUGCGGGGACGAGUUCGCCGAGCCGGAGGACUUCCGCGCGCACCAGCGGGUCCACGUGGAGGAGAGGCCACACCGAUGCCCCGUGUGCAAGAAGGCCUUCGCCCAGCCGGACGCUCUCCGGUCGCACCAGAGGGUGCACGCGGGCGAGAAGCCGUACAGGUGCGACGUAUGCGGCAUGGACUUCACCCGCGUCGACCACUUCCGCAGCCACCAGAUAAUCCACACGGACGAGAGGCCCUACCGGUGCACGGCGUGCGGGAAGAACUUCACGCGGUCGGACUACCUGCGCAGCCACCGCAGGACCCACACGGGCGAGAAGCCCUUCCGCUGCGCCACCUGCGGCAAGGCCUUCGCCCACCCGGGCACCCUCUCGACGCACACGAGGAUCCACACGGGCGAGAAGCCGUACAGGUGCGACGUGUGCGGCAAGGCGUUCACGAACCCUGGGGGCUUUUACAUCCACAAGCGGAUCCACACGGGCGAGAGGCCGUACGCAUGCGCCGUCUGCGGCAAGGCGUUCGUGUGCGCGGGGGCCCUGAACACCCACCGGAUGGUGCACACGGGCGAGAAGCCCUACAAGUGCGACGCGUGCGACAUGGCCUUCCAGCGGUCGGGGGCCCUGAGCACGCACCGGAGGACGCACACGGGCGAGAGGCCGUACGCGUGCGGCGCGUGCGGCAGGGCGUUCGCGGACCCCAGGGCCCUUCGCGCGCACGACAGGGUCCACACGGGCGAGAGGCCCUACGGGUGCACGGUGUGCAGGAGGACGUUCACGCAGCGACGGGCCCUCGCGGUCCACCGGAGGACGCACACGGGCGAGAGGCCGCACGCGUGCGGCGCGUGCGGCCGUUCGUUCGCGCAACGGAGAUCCCUCGUCGUGCACCAGAAGGUCCACGGCGCGACGGCCGCGGGGAAGGGGCCCCGCGGCGAGGGCGGCGGGGAGGCGUCGGCGCCGUCGGGCGGCCCCCCCGCCGCCGGAGGCGCGGACGCGGACGGAGGGAGCGUGACGAGGAGGAAGAAACGCCGGGCGCGCCCGGCCGGCGCAGGGGCGACGGCCGCCCUGCCGGAGCCGCCUGGGGGCGAGCGCGCGACUUUCCCCGGGGGGGCGACGGCGAGCCCUGACGGCGAGAGUCCGGCGGCGAGCCCUCCUCCUGCGCCCGCCGCGUCGGAGGGAGGACGCCGGGAAAAGCCGGCCAGCUUCGUCGAGACGCGCCCGGAGGUAAUGAAGGCGGAGAGCGGGGGCGGAGACGCUUCCGCGUCCUCGGCGACGGUGAAGGAGGAACGGGAAGGGGACGCCGGCGGCUUCGAGGCGUGGCCGGGGGUGAAGGUGGAGCCCGGUGGCGAGGCCGUUCCGUCCCGCCCCCCCUCCCAGCCGACCGUGAAGCGGGAACCCGAAGACGGCCACGGGAGCCGGACGGAGCCGGGGGUCAAGGUGGAACACGGAGGUCAGGACUCCUCCGUCUCCCUGUUGAGAGUGAAGCAGGAACCGGAGGAAAUCCUCAACAUGACGUCAAACACCUCCUUGCCGUCGGUCGGCAUGCGUGACGUCACAUUGCCGUCGGCGUACACGAGCCGUGACGUCAGAACGCUCGCCGUAGCGAGCCGUGACCACAGAAUGCUCGUCGUAGCGAGCAGUGACGUCACCGGCGUGCGCCGUUUCGCUGUGGCGCGAGGCGGGAGAGCGGUGGCGCAGCUGUUGCGGCACCGACCGAAGUCGCCUCGAGAGCUCCCCGGGACCCGGUUCGACUCCCCCCGCCCGCCUGCGUGCCCGCGCCAAGGGGCAGCCAAAAUGAACGAAGACGAAGAGGAGGAAGACACGAAGAUCUUCUGCCCGGUCUGCAACUGGGUGGUGGUCAGCCUGCCCGCGCUGGAGGACCACAUGAAGCGCCACAAGGGCUGGACGGAGCCCGCGCUGUUCCGGUGCCCCCACUGCACGUACAGCACGGACAAGGCGGUCGCCCUCAUCAACCACCAGAGGACGCACACGGGCGAGAAACCCUACGAGUGCAAGGUGUGCGGCGAGGCGUUCUCCGUGUUGGAGGACUUCCGCGUCCACCAGAGGGCGCACGCGGACGAGAAGCGCCACGUGUGCGCCGUGUGCGGCGACGCCUUCUCCUACGCGGAGGCGCUCGGCACGCACCAGCGGGUGCACGUCAGCGAGAAGCCUUACCAGUGCAGCGUGUGCGGCGCGGAGUUCACGCGCACCAACCACCUCCGCAGCCACAACCGGGUGCACACGAAGGAGAGGCCGUACCGGUGCUCGGCGUGCGGCAAGUCGUUCGCCCGCUCCGACAACCUCGUCACCCACCAGCGGGUGCACACGGGCGAGAGGCCCUACCGGUGCGGCGUUUGCGGCAAGGCGUUCACGCAGUCCGGCACGCUCGUCGUGCACGCCCGGAUCCACGCGGGCGACGGCAGGCCGCGGAGGGGGGGCCUCGAGGGGGGCGGAGGCGCGAAGGUGAAGGCGGCGAAGGCGGAGGCAACCGCGUCCGUGGCGGAUGGAGGAGGCCCCGACUCGGGGCCGAAUGCGGAGCGCGACGGCCGGCCCACCGUGAAGGGGGAAGCUGAGGAGGAAGAGGAUGAGGAGGAGGAGGAGGAAGAGGAGGAGGAGGAAGAGGAGGAUGAGGAAGUCGUCAAAGCAGACGUUCCUGCACCAGUCCCGGCGCCAGUUCCGGCGCCUUCCGUCGCUCCGUCCGUCGUGAAGCAGGAAACCGAAGAGAGCCCUCGGCUGUGAGACACGGCCAGUAGUCAAGGCAGAAUCGGAAGGCGCAAGGCCUUCCCAUAGCCCCAAUCCAUCGUGAAGUGGGAACCCCAAAGAGAGCCCUCAGCUGAGACGAGGGCCGCUUCGAAGGUACAGCCAUUCAACUACAAAACUCUGUUCAUUGUUACCGGGCGUGAGACCUACGUAGCUCCUCUUCGGAAGGGACCCUGGCUAUUGCGAAUGACAGCAGCUCAACGAAGUGGACGAUGUCAUCGUCGUCGCGUGGAAAUGUACAGUGGGGGCCGAAGACGUCGAUUCUCAAUGUGAAAAGGCAAAAAGUCUGGCGGACCUGGAGAAAAAUCCACGGCCACCACGGGGAGAGAGAGACGCAGACUCCAAAUAUACAACAGGCGGCAGGGUUUGGGAUCGAACCCACGGCCUCCUGUACAUCCCGCCACUCUGAGAUGUAUCAUCAGCCGCCUACCACCCCCCCGCCCCCAUCACCAUGCGUGGAUUUUUCUCAGGUUUUUUUCCCCUCCACAUUUAGAAUCAACAUCACUACGCGUGUACAGUAUUUGGCUGCUGCUAUACAUUUUCACGUGCUGAUAUCAGCCACUUCGUUGAGCUGCUAUCAUUUGUGAUGGCCAGGUCGCUGUGACAAAAACAGCUACAUAUCUCAGUGGUUGGCCUUACCUGAUAAAAUGUAAACAGUUUAGUCUUAGAUAUUUCCUGACCUAUUGCUACCAUUGCUUAUAUUUCGGAAAAGACUUAAGAACGGGCAAUUAAGUAGAAAUAAAUAACGGCUAUGCUUUUCUUUAAAAAAAAA